AUGGCUGCCAGCUUGGGCGCGACGUCGCUGGCUGACGUACAGCACGAGGGACUGGACCAGCUUCUGCAUGACCUGGCCAAUGUCUACCCUACCAGCCCCGACCAGCACUCGCGGCUACUAGGCGUCCCUGUUCUCGAUGCGUUGCUGGGCGUCUUUACACAGAGAUUACCGGGCACUGCAAGUGAGACCCAACGACGGCAGUUGCAAAAUUCCGCCCCACAAGGGCAAAUCCUUACAGAAGACGAAGAGAUGCUCCUGCGUUGCGAUGGUCAGGACAACGAGGUUGUCGCACGUGAGGAGCUACUAGCCCCAGCAGAUCCUGAAUCUUUUCAUGUCUUCUUUUCUGGGUCUGCUUCCAGGAGCAAGCGGCCCCGCUCAGUCGUGGAGAUUUCAAGCAGUCUAUCAGGCGCUGGUAAAUCGCAACUGCUAUAUUACAUGACCGCGCGGGCUAUCUUGCCAGGGGCGUACGGCAACAUCCCGAUUGGAGGACUAGAGGCAGCUGUGGUCUGGAUGGACACUGAUGAUCGCUUCGAUGUCUACAGACUGCGUGAUGUGGCUCGAGGAAUCCUGCAACAAGCACAAGAGCCAGCGGAUGAUGAGACGUUGAGCAAAGACAUCGGACUGAUUUCAGAUGAUGAGCUGGAAGGGAUUUUGACUUCCUCGCUUCAGCACGUCCAUGUCUUUCGACCGCAGUCGUCCUCCGCCCUUCUUGCUACGCUAUGUACCCUCGACACAUAUCUCUAUGAUUUGUCUCGACAUGCCUCUGCCUUGCGGCCCCUGCAGAUGCUUGCCAUUGAUAGUGCCACGGCAUUUUUCUGGCAAGACAAAUUAAGAGACGAGGUGGCUCGCACUGAGGAGAUCGGGCGUUCACGAGCAGAAACUGAUCAAGAGCGCGCGCUUAAGAGAAACUUUUACCUCUCUGAUUUGUAUGCCGAGCUGGUACAGGAGCUGAAGCGGCUGGAACAUCGUUUCGGGUGUGCUGUUGUUUACACGACGACAGUCUCUGGUGGCCGUCCGGCUGUCUCGAACAUCAGCGGCCAAUCUGGUCCUCUGGGCCCAUAUGAUCGACCUCCAUCUCAGACACCAUCUCUGCGGCCAGCGCUGCCAGCGCCAUGGGGAACGUUCCCCACCCUCCGCUUGAUUGUUCGUAGGGACAUAGUCCGACCGUUCCCACCCGCCAUGAGUGCUCAUGAUGCGAGGAAAGAUGCGCCUAUGCGACAAAGCGUGGUUCGUCAAGGCAAGUUCUCGGCCUGGGUCAAUGCAUGGGGCCGUGAGGAGUGGCCGCGUCGCGUGGUUGAUGGCGUCAGCUGGUACAACGGCGGGUGUUUUUCCUUCUACGUGCGAGCGACCGGAGUGGAUAUACCCUCGUUAGAUAGUUGA